AUGAGGGUGUUUCAAAUUAUAGCGCUUCUAGUAUACCUGUGCAUACACAUUGCAGGGGCUAUAAAUAAUCCACAAAAUGAUUUCAUGGAUAGGUUUGAUAUAGUUAAGAAUCACGUAAAUAUAAGGUGGACUAGUUCGGGUUCCUUAGGAGAUGGAGAUUUAAAAUAUGAAAUAGAUGAUGAAUAUAAUGGAACUUCUAACCUUAGUACACCAGAAAAUUUGGGAACUUGUCCAAAUCACGAAAAGUCAGGAAUAUCUAAAGGUAGUUGCCCUGAUUAUGGAAAAACCUUUGUAAUGGAUUUACAAACAGAUGAAUAUAACGAAGAUUUUUUAAAUGAGAUCAGUUUUGGUUUUUUGAACAAAAAAUUUAAGAUCGCAGUGGAAAUUCCAGUUGAGAAAAGUGGAAUGGCAAUGUAUCAAGGACUCUUUAAGAGUUGCCCUUAUGAUAGAAGUCAUAGUUUAAUUAUAAGAAAGGAAAAUGAAUAUAACAUGUGUUUUAGCAAGUUUUACGAUAAUAAGUAUAUCUCUACGAGAGUUAAAAAACGAACUUUAAGAAAUAAUUAUGUAUAUUUUAGUUCUCAUGGUUUAGGGGGACGAUUUGGUUCUAAUACAGAAUAUCCUUUUCAUAAUUACGACCCAGAAGAAAAUUAUGUAACUAAAAGGAUGAGAUAUCCAAACUUAAUUAAGAAUUUAUCUGAUUGUUCUAUUUAUUCACAUUGUAUUGGUCCGUGUCUGGACAAAGAUUUUGAUAACAAAUGCUUUCUUAAUUUACCUGUUGUUUUUAAUCAUAAAACAAAAGAAUGCGUUAUAUUAGGAACCCAUGAAGAAUAUAGGAAGAGAAAUUGUAUAAGUAAUAAUUCAGAUGGUUAUGAGAAAUGUUUUUUGCCAAUAAAAAAGGAAGAAGGAAAAGAGUGGACCUAUGCAUCCUCCUUUUUGCGGCCAGAUUAUCACACAAAGUGUCCUCCAAGAUAUCCCUUAAAUGAUACAGAAUUCGGUUAUUUUAAAGACAGUACUGGGGAAUGUGAAUCUUCUACAAAAUAUCAUGAUAAUAAUAGGAUUACUUUUAAAGGUUGUAUUGAGGAACUAUUCCACUAUUCUGAAGGUAAUGAUAAUACGCGUAAAACUAAAUUUUUAUGGGGUGUUUGGAGAUUGGAAGAUGGAGCAAAAACGGUAACUUCAAUGGACGAUUUUGGAUUAUGCUUUAUUUUAAAGGAAAGGCCAACAUGUGUUAUAAAGAGAAAAAAUAAUUAUUCUUUUACUAACUUAACAGCAAACUCUUUUGAUCACAGUCAAAUUAUAAAUUACCCAGAUGUAAAACGUUCACAAAAGAAUGAAGAAGGCAUUAUCCUAUCUAGAGAAACUGUAACAGAUAAUAUUGAAAAAGGAACAAGUAUAAGUGAAAGGGAUAAUAAAAAAGAAAGGGAAACAGAAAAAAAUAUAAGUAUGGAACUAAAACGAACUACAAAUCAUCAACCCCGUAAAGAUGUACAAGAAAAUAUAAAUGGUACCUCAGGAAUAUAUAUAAAUAAUGGUAAUACAAUAUCAUAUCUUCAAAAAAUGUAUACACCGCUAUAUCAAAAUAAAUUUAACAUUUUUUCUGAUAACAUGUAUAAACCAUUACACAAAGUGCGUGAGCCGACUGAAACGCAGAGCAAUUUGUUGUUCAAUAAACGUGCUCACAGUGGAGUGAAAUCUGAAUAUAAAUAUGCACAUAACCUUAGGGAUAGUGACAAAACAAAUUUUCUGUAUAAAUCACACACGAACGUAUUAUUAAUGAAAAAUCCUCAAGCCAAAUUUAUGGAAAGGUUUGAUAUAUUAAAAAAUCAUGUAUAUAUAGAUUGGAAAAAGGAUGGAAAAUAUGGAAAAGGUGAUUUCAAAUAUGACAUAAUAUCAGAUGAUACUGCUGGUACUUCGGAAUCAUUAUUAAUUAAUGAUUUUGCGGAUAUCUGUCCAAAUCAUGUUGUUCCAGGUAGAGCACAUGGAAGUUGCCCUAACUAUGGUAAAGCUAUUAUUGUUCAAACACUUGUAAAUGAAGAAGAAGAUAUCAAUUUCAAUUUGAACUUUUUAAAUGAAAUUCAUACAGGAUAUCUUAAUAGAAAAGCUAGGUCUAAUGUUGAACUUCCAUACAAUAAAAGUGGGAUAGCUAUGCACCAUGGUUUUUCUACAUCAUGUCCAUUGAAUCAUUUAGAUGGAAGGUUCUAUGAAAAAAAGACAGAUUAUAAUUAUAAUAUGUGCAAGUCCAAAACGCUUUCAUCAACUAUAAUUAUGAAGGACUAUGAUAUGGAUAGGAACUUAUAUACAUAUUAUGGCCUUUAUGGUUUAGGUGGACGAUUAGUGUCUAAUAUUCCAAGACUUAGACAGAAGCAUAAAUUUUAUGAAGAUAAUAUAUCGCUUCCAAUGAAAAAUCCAUCAUUAAUUAGGAAUUUGUUUGACUGCUCUCUAUAUUCUUAUUGUGUAGGUCCUUGUAUUGAAGACACAUACAAAAAUAAAUGUUUUCGUAAUUUACCUGCUUAUUAUAAUCAUACUACAAACGAAUGUGUUAUAUUAGGUACUCAUGAACAAGAAAGAACUGAAAACUGUAGAAAAGAUAAAGAGGAUUUAAGUAGGCCCAAUUGCCAAAAACUUAGAAAGACAAUCCAUUCCAAAGAUUGGACGUAUGUUUCAUCGUUCGUUAGACCUGACUAUGAAGAAAAAUGUCCCCCAAGGUUCCCCUUAAAAUCAAAAAUUUUUGGAAUCUAUGAUGAAAAAACAGGAAAAUGUGAAAGUCUUAUGAAAGAAUAUUAUAAGGUUAAUAUUAAAGCCUUUCCCUCAUGCUUAGAAUACUUAUUUAUCAGUUCUCCAAAAAAUGAAUAUAGUAACAGGAAGAAAGAUUUUUGGGGAAUUUGGGUUUCAAAUAUACCCAUUAAUACAGAUAAUUAUAGGUAUACUAGUGGCACAUGUUAUCACAUACCUGUAAAGCCAACUUGCGUUAUUCAUAGAGAGCACCAUUUUUCAUUUACUGCACUAACAGCGAACACCAUUGAUUUUGAUCAAAAUUUUAACAUAGUAAAUGUUGAUGAAUUAAUUAUAAAGCAUGAAUCAGAAGAAUUAAUUAAUCAAGAAAAUAAUUUAAAUGAAGUUAAACAAGCAGAUGAUGGCAGUAAUUCCUUUAAUGCUAAAUCUAGCAACUAUGAAACACAAUUUCAGGGAGAAAAAAAAUUAAGAGCGAAUGAAGAAAAAAGAAAGGAAGAAGAAGCCAUGAUUAAUGAAGAGAUAAAAAAAGUACAGGAUGCAAAGAAAAUAAAAGAAGAGCGAAAAGCUGAUGAAGUAAGGAAAAAAGAAGAAGCAAGAAAGGCUGAAGAUGAAAGAAAAAAAGAAGAAGAGAGAAAGGCUGCAGAGGCAAAGAAAAAAGAAGAAUCAAGAAAGGCUGCAGAGGCAAAGAAAAAAGAAGAGGAGAGAAAGGCUGCUGAGGUAAAGAAAAAAGAAGAAGAGAGAAAGGCUGCAGAGGCAAAGAAAAAAGAAGAAUCAAGAAAGGCUGCAGAGGCAAAGAAAAAAGAAGAGGAGAGAAAGGCUGCUGAGGUAAAGAAAAAAGAAGAGGAGAGAAAGGCUGCUGAGGUAAAGAAAAAGAAGAAGCAAGAAAGGCUGCUGAGGCAAGAAAAAAAGAAGAACAGAGAAAAGCUGCAGAGGCAAAGAAAAAAGAAGAAGCAAGAAAGGCUUCAGAGGCAAAGAAAAAAGAAGAGGAGAGAAAGGCUGCAGAAGUUAAAGAAAAAAGAAGAGGCAAGAAAGGCUGCUGAGGCAAAGAAAAAAGAAGAGGAUAGAAAAGCUGCAGAGGCAAAGAAAAAAGAAGAGGAGAGAAAGGCUGCAGAGUUAAAGAAAAAAGAAGAGGCAAGAAAGGCUGCUGAGGCAAAGAAAAAAGAAGAGGAUAGAAAAGCUGCAGAGGCAAAGAAAAAAGAAGAGGAGAGAAAGGCUGCAGAGUUAAAGAAAAAAGAAGAGGCAAGAAAGGCUGCUGAGGCAAAGAAAAAAGAAGAGGAUAGAAAAGCUGCAGAGGCAAAGAAAAAAGAAGAGGAGAGAAAGGCUGCAGAGUUAAAGAAAAAGAAGAGGCAAGAAAGGCUGCUGAGGCAAAGAAAAAAGAAGAGGAUAGAAAAGCUGCAGAGGCAAAGAAAAAGAAGAGGAGAGAAAGGCUGCAGAGUAAAGAAAAGAAGAGCUGAUAGAAAAAGCUGCAGAGGCAAAGAAAAAAGAAGAGGAGAGAAAGGCUGCAGAGUUAAAGAAAAAGAAGAAGCAAGAAAGGCUGCAGAGGCAAAGAAAAAAGAAGAGGAGAGAAAGGCUGCAGAGGUAAAAAAAAAAGAAGAAGCAAGAAAGGCUGCUGAGGCAAAGAAAAAAGAAGAAGCAAGAAAGGCUUCUGAGGCAAAGAAAAAAGAAGAAGAGAGAAAGGUUGCUGAGGCAAGAAAAAAAGAAGAAGAGAGAAAGGCAGCGGAAGGCAAAGAAAAAGAAGAAGAGAGAAAGGCUGCUGAGGCAAGAAAAAAAGAAGAAGAGAGAAAAGCUGCAGAGGCAAAGAAAAAAGAAGAAGAGAGAAAAGCUGCAGAGGCAAAGAAAAAAGAAGAAGAGAGAAAGGAUGAAGAGGCAAGAAAAAUUAUUGAACUUAAAAAAGGAGAAAUUGAAAGAAAUGAUGAUAUAAAGAAAAAAAUUAUGUUUGAUGAUGGGAUUAUAAGGAACGCGCUAGGACAAAAUGAAAAUUUAAUUUUAAAGGAUGAUAAAAAAAAUUUAGAUUCUCAAAUAAAAGGUGAUGUGGAUUCAUCUAGUACCAGUUCUAGUGAAUCAAAAGAUUUUAAAAAACAUAAUUUCAAUAGCAUUAAUAGGUCUAAUUAUGAAGAGAAUUCUCAAAAUAAUUCGAAUUCGGAGAUCUACAAUAAAGAACAUUUUGAGGAAGGAGUAAAGGAAGAUAAAAUAAGAACAGAAAUAGAGGAUAAUGGUUUUGGUAUAGAAACUACAAAUAAAAGUUAUCUACCAAGUAAUAAUAACAAUAAUUAUGAGAAAUCAAGUGUAGAUGAAUAUAAAUUUAGAGACGUUAUCAAAACAAGGGAGGAAAUAAUAAAUUCAUCAAAAAAUAAUACGUGUAGUAACGUAGUUUCUUCGAAGUAUUGUGAUUUUAUGAAGGACAGUAUAUCAUCAGGAACUUGUUCUAAUGAAGAAAGAAAAUAUUUAUGUUGUUCAAUAUCAGAUUAUUGUUUAAAGUUCUUUGAUUAUAAUUCGAAUAAAUAUUAUGAUUGUACAAAAAAAGAGUUUGAUGAUCCAUCAUACAAAUGUUUUAAAAAGGGUGAUUUUUCAAACAUGGCUUAUUUUGCUGGAGCAGGAAUAAUAUUGAUGCUCCUGUUUGUCAUUGGUUCAAAAAUAAUACUAGGAAAAUGGUUUGAAGAAGCUACCUUUGAUGAAUUUGAAGGAAACUAUGAUAAAGUCUACACAUUAGCAAUGAUAUCUAAGGAGCAAAUACAGGAAUCAAAUCCUUUGGAUUAUUCUGAAUGUGUGUCUGACAAAUAA